UCUUUCCCGAGGUUGUAGAGGGAAGAUGCUUUCUCGCUAUGCCACAACACAUACUGUAAACAAACAGCGACUGUGCUGACGUAUCUCGAAAGAAAUUUACAUUUUUAAGAUUGAUUUCGCCAUUUUCUGGAGAUGGGAUGAGUCUGUGCCUUUCCUAUUCUAGAUCAACAGCUCUAAGCACAUUUCUUCAGAUUCAGUUGUACAGGGGAGACCUGCUCACACAUUCAUGGAAGAAGAAACCUAGGUCAAGAAGGGACAAAUUUCUCAGACAAGCACUAGCCAAAGCACAUCUUCAAGAUGACCUCUCCAGACAAGGAUGAGGCUCACACCUGCACUACAGACGCUAAAAAUGUUAAAUUGCCUCAGAUUCCAUUUCAGUCUGAAUUAGAAUGUAUUCCAAGACUACCUGUGCUCCACUGCCUCAAAAAAAAUAAGUAAAUAAAUAAAUACCUCUGUAGUGUACAAAAGGGCACUGAACCAUAUUGUGUGCAGUGUGAGAAAACAUCGAAAUUCGCCUAUCACACAUAUCACAGUGCCGUAUGUGUACAGCCUUACUUCUGUAACACAUUAUUGAGAUGUUACUUUACAGAAUUUGGAUGUUCUUUUUGUUUAAUUUGCAAACGUUAUUCGCUGUUUCCUUGCCACAGACAACAGGGGAUAGCAAGGCCAUGAGACACAGAACCCACCCCAGCAACAAUAGCUUUUUUUAGAAGAGGAUUAGCUCUCCAGCCCUGGGCAAGUCUUCAUCUUUCCAGAUCAAACAGCAUUUCAUGAGAUGAAAAACAGUACAUAUAUUCAAUCAACACCAGCUCCCUUCGUAGAGAUUUGAAAACGGAGCAUGUGCAGGCCUCCGACAACGGCAAAGCUUCAUGACAGGUCAGAUUUAAUAAUGCUAGCAAAAAUCGACUUUACUUUUUUCUAAAUCUUCCACUUAAAAGGCAAUCUCAUUGAACUGUGUCUGGUUUUGUAGGCAAGUGUGUGGCUACAACCUCCUUUUUACAAAUGAUGUAUGGUUAGGAGAAUUAUCAAGUCUCAGCUGUCAGAACCCACAAGCACACUCCUGAAGGACACGACCUAGUAACUAAGAACUCCAAGAGGAAAGCGGAAGACGCACUUUCCCCUCAAGCACAGCGCCUGUGCCUUCCCCAGGCAAUAGAAGUCACCCGGUGAGGUAGAGGGGCGGAUACAAAAGCACCUUCCCGCCCGCGCCUUUUCAGUUCCCUAAAAGGUCCGCAGUCCUCGUAUAUAUAGCAGCUGUAGAGGGCGCUUGAGUAAUUUGAGUUCGGCUCAGAUUCUCUUCAACAUGUCUGGUCGCGGCAAGGGCGGUAAGGGUCUCGGAAAAGGAGGCGCCAAGCGCCACCGCAAAGUCCUGCGCGACAACAUCCAGGGCAUCACCAAGCCCGCCAUCCGCCGCCUGGCCCGGCGUGGCGGCGUCAAGCGCAUCUCCGGCCUCAUCUACGAGGAGACCCGCGGGGUGCUGAAGGUGUUCCUGGAGAACGUGAUCCGCGACGCCGUCACCUACACGGAGCACGCCAAGCGCAAGACCGUCACCGCCAUGGACGUGGUCUACGCGCUCAAGCGCCAGGGACGCACGCUCUACGGCUUCGGCGGCUGAGCUGCUCGGGCUCCCACUUUG